AUGGAUUUUUUAGGUCUAUUAGAGAGAGUUACUCGAAAUAGUGACAGUAAUUCCAAUUUUAAGCCAAAAAUUUUUAUCGUUAUCGGAAAUGAAUCGGCUGAUCUUGAUUCCAUCAUAGCAUCUAUCGCUUAUGCUUUCUUAAGUCAACGUUACAAUCCUGAGAGCGGCAUAUUUUUACCAGUAAUCCAAAUAUCAAAAGAUGAAUUAAAUCUUCGUCCAGAAUGUGUAUACGUGUUUCGUCGUAGUGAAGUAGAUAGCGACCGGUUCAUAUAUAAAGAGGAUUUUGAGGCUGUGUCAGAAGAACUAAUGAAAAACCAUGAAUUACGCGUAGUUUUAGUUGAUCACAAUCAACUGGUGCAUCCUUGGGAUAAAUUUGCAACUUGUGUAGAUGCGAUAUUGGAUCAUCAUCAAGACGAAGGAUUAUAUAUGACAGCAUCGCCACGAUGGAUCGAAUCUGUAGGUUCAGCGUGUUCUUUGGUGACCCUUUUCUUUCAUGAAACAUGGGUAACUGAUCAAGUAAAUGAGUAUGAUCGUAAGCUGGCAAAUUUAUUGUUGGCCCCAAUACUCGUUGACACAGUCUGCCUGGAUGUUUCCAAAGGAAGAACAACUGAGAAAGAUCAGGAAGCUGCAAACUUUCUAUUGAAUAUACUACAACACCCCGAUCAUAAUACAUUUAUCAUAGAGUAUUAUGAAAACAUUCAAAAAACACGAAAAAAUAUUUUCCAUUUAUCAACAUAUGAUCUAUUGCGUAAAGAUUAUAAAGAAUUGAUCAUCGGUGAUGUUCGUAUUGGCAUAAGUAGUGUCUCUCUGUCUGUUCAAGAUUGGAUAGAGCGUGAUAAAAUUCACACUUUGAUCGCUGAAUUAGCAUCUUAUGCCUCAAAGAAAGCAUUGGAUUUACUUAUCGUAAUGACGACUCACACUCACCCCCAACAUGGAUUUCAACGCGAUUUGGUUGCCUACCCAAUUGCCAAUUUUCUAAAAUCGCAAGAAUUCAUUUUGAAAAUGGAGUCUGAUCUCGAAUUGGAAACCUUAAAUAUUGAUUCAGAUGAUGAGAUUAAGGAUUGCAGGUUUUAUAGGCAAAAGAAUAAAUCUUGGUCUAGAAAGCAGGUUUACCCUUUUUUCAAAAAUCUCAUUGAAUCUACCAUUAAGAAUAGGAUGUAA